UCUCCGGAGCGGCGGAGCGGAGCGGAUACAGAGACGCGCAGUCCUCAUCAGCAAAAUGAGGAGGAAUUAACGCGCCGACUGUCUCCCGUGUGUUUCCCACCGCGAUGCACGCCGUGGAUGUUUAAAGCCUCCUCGCCUGCUGUAGACCAGCGCGGACAUCUGACUUUAUCCCAUCAAUGAGAUAUGUGGAGUGGCUCUACCGCUCGGUGGUAACGCAGAAAAACACAAGAUGAAGAAGCAGUUCAACCGAAUGAGACAGCUCGCCAACCAAACAGUGGGCAGGGCUGAAAAAACAGAAGUGCUGAGUGAAGAUCUGCUGCAGGUGGAGAAACGUCUGGAGCUGGUGAAGCAGGUUUCCCACAGCACACACAAGAAGCUGACCGCCUGUCUGCAGGGCCAGCAGGGCGUGGACGUGGACAAGAAGUCUGUCAGGUCGCCCUCGAAAAAGCUUCCGCUCGCAACGCUAGCACAAUGUAUGGUGGAGGGGGCAGCUGUGCUCGGGGACGAGUCUCUGCUAGGAAAGAUGCUGAAGCUCUGCGGCGACACGCAGGAAAAGCUCGCUCAGGAGCUCAUCUUGUUCGAGCUCACCAUCGAGAGGGACGUGACCGAACCCUUGUACGAGCUCGCAGAGGUGGAAAUCCCAAAUAUCCAGAAACAAAGGAAACAUUUAGCGAAGCUGGUCCUGGACAUGGAUUCUGCACGCACACGGUACUCUCAGUCUACCAAAUCUUCGGGACUGUCCAGCAACCUGCAGCCAACAGGAGCCAAGGCCGACCACCUCAGGGAAGAGAUGGAGGAGGCAGCCAACCGCAUGGAGAUCUGUCGAGAUCAGUUAUCAGCAGACAUGUACAGUUUUGUGGCCAAAGAAAUUGACUAUGCAAGCUACUUCCAGACACUGAUAGAAGUCCAGGCAGAGUACCACAGGAAGUCAUUAGAGCUGCUUCAGAGUGUUCUGCCUCAGAUCAAAGCUCAUCAGGAGACCUGGGUGGAGAAACCGUGUUACGGGAAGCCAUUAGAGGAGCACUUAGCGCUCAGCGGGAGAGAUAUUGCCUUUCCCAUCGAGGCCUGUGUGACCAUGCUGCUGGAGUGUGGCAUGCAGGAGGAGGGUUUGUUCAGAAUCGCUCCCUCGGCCUCCAAACUCAAAAAGCUGAAGGCGUCUCUGGACUGCGGGGUUUUAGACGUUCAAGAAUACUCCGCAGACCCACACGCCAUCGCAGGUGCUUUGAAGUCCUACCUGCGCGAGCUCCCUGAACCAUUAAUGACCUUUGAACUCUACAAUGACUGGAUCCAAGCCUCAAACAUUCAAGAUCAAGACAAGCGCCUGCAGGCUCUGUUCAAUGCCUGUGAGAAACUCCCUUCAGCCAACAACACCAACUUUAAGUAUUUAAUCAAAUUCCUGUCCAAACUGACUGACUACCAGGAUGUGAACAAGAUGACGCCUGGAAACAUUGCUAUUGUCCUCGGACCCAACCUGCUGUGGACUCAGAAUGACGGGAACAUCACGGAGAUGAUGACGACAGUUUCCCUACAGAUCGUCGGCAUCAUCGAGCCCAUCAUCCAGCACGCCGACUGGUUCUUCCCAGGAGAGAUCGAGUUCAAUGUCACAGGAAACUAUGGCAGCCCCGUCCACACCAACCACAACGCCAACUACAGCUCGAUGCCGUCUCCAGAUAUGGAUCAGAUGGAUCGCAAGCAGAACGACCAGAGCCGGCGGCCGCUCAGCGUCGCCACAGACAACAUGAUGCUGGAGUUUUAUAAGAAGGACGGCAUUAGGAAGAUACAAAGCAUGGGUGUCAGGGUGAUGGACACUUCUUGGGUGUCGCGCAGGGGAUCGUCGUCUACGCGUAAAUCCUUGUCCACGCCACCGAGUGUGCACCCCCCCACCCCACCCAUUGACGCGCUCAUCCCCGAGCAGCCUGGGGAAUUCUCAGCCUCCCCCUCCCCCACCCCUCCUCCCACUAGCAGCGACCGAGCCAGUUCAGACGAUGCAUCCUCCAAUUGGUCGGACUCCUGUUACGCCUACCCCUCCCCAGAGGAGGAGAGGCCGCCUCCCCCUUACCCCUCUUCCUCUUCUUCCUCCUCUUCCUCCUCCUCUUGCUCUUCCUACUCGCUCCCUCACCACCAUUUCCGCACCCGAACACCUCCGGGUAUGCGUCCCGUUGCCCCCAGCCCCGAAUCCGUGCCCCCUGGCCCGUCCCCUCCACCCCGCCGCACUGGGUACAGCCCGCCCCCGCUCCCUCACUCCCUGUGCCCGUCCCCUCAGCAGCUUGACGUCAACUCCAACCCCAAACCUAACUCCCUGCAUCUGCCCAAACCGGCCUCCCCGUCUAUUGCUCCGCAUGGGCCCCCGUCCGAAACGAAUGGCUCCUCCCUUUACAUCAAACCCCCGCUCGUUCUCACUCGUCACGAUCUCUUCCUUGGCUCCCCGAAAACCCCCAGCACCCCUCUCCCUGCUCCACCUCCAUGGGCAGCCUGUGCCUGUAGCCGGGAGAGAGGAGCCAAGCUGACGAGUACUCUGAAGAACAAGGAGCUGUCUCCAGUGAUUGGACAGAAGGGGCUCCAGGGAGCAGUGACCUCUAGUGGACAGUCGCAGCUCUCUGACCACAGUCCGCACACCUUGAGGAGAGCAAAGAAGCUGGCUCCGAUCCCGCCUAAAGGCCCUUACUGCCCAACGGGAGCCAUGUCCGACCAGUCCACAGGUCAACCGUCUCCAGUCAGCCUGUCUCCCACUCCUCCCAGCACCCCCUCCCCAUAUGGCUUCAGCUACCCGCAGGGAUAUGCCACCAUCAGCUCCCCGGGUCAGUUGCAGAUGGUCACCACCCCGUCUCUGUCCUCUCCGCCCUCGUUGGCUGGGACUCUCACCAAGGCCAGACCGACCCCCAAGCCGCCCCGGCAGAGACCCAACCUGCCUCCUCCUCAGCCUCCAUCCACACCUGGCACUAGUCCCCAGCCUCUGGAGCACUCAUCUGGGCUCCUGGACGGUCUUUCUCCUGGGGAAAGCAUGUCUACUGAUUCCCUCUGCAACUUGGACAUCCCCGUCAUUAACAUGGAACUGGACAGUAUUUUUGACUUGACCCACAUCUCCCCCUUCAGGAACUCAGUGGCACAGCUGGAGUCGGCCAACAGCAAAGAGGACUCGGAGGAAGAGUCUGAGAGCACAGUGCUAUGACGCCACCGAGUUCCCCCACCCUCUCCGUCAAGCUACUGCUGUGCCGUCUCGAUCAUUCAUUGACCUUUCACCUCUCCAGCUGCGUUAGCUUCGGCCUCAGCGGCCACCUCUGGACCUCCUCACCACGCCUCACCUGUGCUCGAUCCAGAGGGGCCAGCGCGUACAAAAGAAAAAUAGUAAAAUAAAAAAAUCUGGUGAACACACACACACACGGUUUUGGCGACAGUGUUGUCAGGGGAAGAUUUGACAUUUUGCAUUGGCUGGAUGUUUGUUUUUUUUAAUUUAACUUAAUGUUUUCUUUUUCUUUCUGCCUUAUUUGAUUCACUUGCAAUAUUGCCUUUAACCUCACUCACACGAGACUGGAAACAGGCUGCUGGGAAGAUGAGUGCUCUUUGCUGCUGCUGCUGCUUUUCAUGAAUGAAUUUCAGAACAAACUAACACAGUGCUGUAUAUCUGUCCUGUUAACGUCCUUCUCUCACCGUUCAUCUCCUCUUGGCUUGAAACGCCUCUGGCCCCGAAUUUCAGUCCCACUUGAGCGUUCACUGUGAGUGUGCCAGUGUGUCGUUUUGGAAAGCGCGCGUGUGUGUUUUGCUAGUGUGCGUGACGUGUUAAGUGAAGUGGUAAUUGUAUUAUAUGAUGUUGCACUGUCGGUGUCGUGGAGCAAAAACAGGAAUGAAUGUUUUAGAUGUUUAGAAGUUAACUAAGCAGGUUGGGAAGCGGUUAAACGCCCAAUCACUCCUUUCUCUUUAUAACAAGGCAUUCAGUCAGGAUAUCAGUCACUGGAUAUUUAUUGUUUAUACUGUACAUUUUCAGAGUGUAUGAUACGAUUAACAAUCUAACUCAGAUCAUAUUUUGUAUCCACGGGAGAGCUAUAUAGUUGAUGCUGUCAGGGAGCUAUAAAGUAUAUGAGAUACAUGCUGUAGUUUAUGAAACGUCCACCAGUAUGAAAAAUGAAAAACUCAAUUGUGUUUACUCAGACAUAUUUUUUGGCAGGAUGCAAAGCCGAAUGAGAUCUUUCAUUUUUCUUUGUCGAGUUAGGCGUCAUUUCAGUUUCAAGGAUGUACAAGUUUGUAACUGUGAAGCCUGGAGUGCAUAACCACAUCGUUUAUUCUUUAAAAAUAAAUUAAACUUCAUCCACAUAGCAGUAGCGGCGGCUCUGAAUGGCCAGCUCUGUGGGUGGGGUCCCCUGUGGGGUUUUCUUGUGUGUUUCCUUUGUCAUGAGACAUUAGACAGAAACCUAUUAAAUAUUAAACAUUUUGCAUUGUUGGCAGUUUGCUGGCAUGUAGUUGUCCUCUCUUUACUUUUGCUGGGCUCAUUGCUGUGCUGUUCCCACUAACUGUUGGUCAGCGCAUUAGCUCGAUAGCGAUUCGAUGCUUGUCCUCAAACACUAUGCUAAAUAAUUUGGCAAACCUAAUUAUUUUAUAUUGUAUCACUUUUGGACCUGCUAUCCACCCAUCCAUUAUUUUUCUGCUGCCUACCUGGGUUCAGGCCAUGGUAGGCAGAGAGGCCCAGAUCUCCCAAUUUCCAGGUAUUCUGGUGGGAAACCGAGGAAUUCUGCAGCCAGCCGAGAGCUCAAAUCUGAAAAGCGUCUGCUGGCUUUGGGCCAAGGUCAACCCCAGUAAGACAUGCCAACAACACUUCACUUAGGAGGCAUCAUAAUCUGAACUCCUCCUAAGUGGUUAACCUCCUCAUCCCGACUCUGUAGAUUAAGGUCCCAGUCGCACAGGCCUAAAGACCUGUCAGUGAUCCCAUGGUACCCACCGGUCACUAGGGAAAAUUUGUAUUCCCCAACUGGUUGCCAAAUGGUUGCUAGAAAUUGCUGGCAGUCUCUAGGUGAAAUUGGUCAGAAAGAGGUAUACGGUAAUGCACCAAAGACCACCUUGUGAUUGCUUUGGUUGCUUGCAGAUUGCCACGGUUGCUGAGCAGUAAUGAAACUGUGGAAAGUGGGAUGCAGAGUGGAAAUGGAGAUCAUUCGCCUUCAAAACAGUUGAAGUAAAAAAUUAAAGUUUCAUGUUUUGAAAGGUGUUGGAUGCAGUUGUAAGGCAUGACUUUUACUUUGAUGGUGAACAGUCUCAGUUUCCUUUUAACAUAGGAAGUAGCAUGCACUUCACUGCACUCUGAAUCCCAAUUGCAUGCUUGUGCCAUGCAAUAAUAAUUUAGAUCAGAGGUUCUUGGUGCAACACCCUCUUUGUGACCAAUUUCACCCGGCAUCAGUCACUCACCUCCAACGAUUUGGCCAAUAUAACUUUUUCCUUAGCGAUCAGUGGUUGCUAGGCAGUCAUAUUUAGGCAUGUGUGAUUGCCGUACACCCUUAGUAAGCAAUAUCAUUCAAUUUAUCUGUUUUUCUUUAUACUUUUUCUCUUUUUAGCUCAGUUAUUGGUCUCCACCACUUGAUGAGAGAGACAUAUCUGGCUCUUUAGGUGCCAAACACUCCAUUAAAUGCACCGGCCAGAUGCUAACUUUGUGUUUCCUGUUAGCUUAGCAGAUGUUGUUUGAAACAACACUGAUGAAACCAGUAAGACUGACACAGAACGCAAACAACAGGUGGAAAGAUGCUAAAAAACAAAGAUUUUAGAGAUUAUGAACCUGCUCUAUCACACUCCAGGAUUCAUACAGUGCAAACUUGUAUUGACAUAUUGAACCAUUCUUGGGAACGAGCAACAACCCUGACACAUUUAACAUCCUAUCAUAUCGUAGCAAAGCCAGAAAACAGUCUAGAGACACUUUCAGAAAAAAGGUGCUUGGUCUCUUAUAAAUAAGCACAGUUUUUCUGUCAUUUUCAGCCACAUUCACAUUACAGUUUAUAGGAACCCUGCCUGAUGAUGCUGAUAUUUUUGGUCUAUCUUAGUGAACCAGAGGCAAGUGCAAAGAUAUGUGUGUAUAUGUGUUUAUUUUGAUGAGAGUAUUUAUACAGAUAUAUUUCUGAAUACUUUUUACUAGGUAUGAGGAGCUGUGGUCGUUUCCGCUGCACAUGAAUCUGAGGAAUUUUUUUUCAAGUAUUCAAACGUGGGACCAGAAUUGCUCUGCUGCCGCAUCAAAACCUUUUCAGGAAUCGCAGGUUCAGUUUAAGAGGAAACUUGAAAAUCAGUUAAACUGGAGUAACAAGGUUUGUGUACGACAGCAGUAGUUUGCUAUUUGCCUUGCGGUGGGUUUUUGUUGUGACCUAUCCAGAUUUAUACGACUUUCCUUUUGUCCUGAGAACAUCCACUACACAUGGCCUCAAAGUCACUGUGCUGCUCUACCUGUGUCUUUCUUUAAAGCGCGAUAUCACUCACAGGACUCUUGUAAAUACCGAAGCCUCUAUACAGUUUGUUCUGUAUAUACUGAAGGGAGAAAUUCAUAUAUAUAUAUAAAUAUAUAAAUAUAUAGAAAUAUACAAAUACUGUAUUGAAAAGGCUAAAUGAUGAUGAACUUCCAUACUAUAUGUAUAAUAUUAUAAUGUUGCUGGAACUAGCACAAGCCUAACAUGGUACAGCAGACUGAAAGGUCAAAUCUAGUGCUUGUUUUGCAGUUUCUGACCUCAGAAUGAACCUCUUGAACUUUUAGAUUUGAUUUUAGUCAACAAAAAAACAGCAACACAUCACUGCAGCUACGUGAAAAUUCAAGACGUCUCGUGCAGCUUUGAGCACAUUUCCUGGUAUAUUUGAGGUUCAUGGAAAUGUGAUUGUGUGUUCUUUAGAAAUAAAAAUAAGUGUCUGUGGGGUGCUGCAGUUGCAGUGACGCAUCGAUCACAGUUUGAAAGGUUUAAACAGACAGAAAACUGCUGCAUUACUGUCUUUUAGACAGCAGAACCAGACAGCAAUGCAACACAGGUUAUAUGUUUAAGAAAAAACAGACGUUAAACAACAGUUUGCAUAGAACAGAUUUUUUUACAAGCAGAAAAUUUUAAAUUGGUACAAAAAAGAAAUACUGGAGGUCAUCCAAACCAUCAAGAUGCUUCUUUUAUCUGACUAAAGCUUAAUUUAUAGUGCCGCAUUAACCUGUAGAGACCCUGUAUCCUCUAUGGCAUAGCCUGGCAUCCACCUUGCUGCUGUGGCAACACAGCCUACAGUGGCAGUAAUAUGCUCAAAAACUGUAUAUUGAUUAUUACAAGGAUAACGCCUCUGUGAACCAACGUGUAAUAGGCUCUAGUUGCAUUUAGUGUGCUCACAGUGCUAAUUCAUUACCCAGUGUUAAUGUAACACUGAAACACAACUCAUUUUGACAGUUAAUAGAAUUGAAUAUUGGGGAAAUGACUCCAUUCAUGUUUAUUUUUUUUAUAUUACGACUGUAAUUCCAACAAGGACAUUUUAAACAGUUGGUUUUUACACAUCCAGCAGCUGCGGAGCCACAUUGCCAUUCAGCUGGGCAGGUGUUUCUGGCUCCUUUUUAUCCAUUUGCUCUCUAUUUACCUGUGUUUUUGCUUUCCACCACCUCCUCAGAGGAAUGUCUGGCUGUCGAGAUGCUAAAUGCUCCACUGUGAUCUCAUAGUGACUGGUCCUGAGAUCUAGUCUGAACCAACGCUGAUGAGAGCAGUAAGAUUAAGCAACGCUGGGUCUGAUUUACCACCGUAAUCGUGUGGUGUUUUUCUCUCUUUCCCGUUGUUCCGCAUUUAUCAGCUCCAAGUCCAACACAGCAGAGCACAAGUAUAAAUGUAAAACCACGCCACUCAUUAUGGCGUGGGAGUCACUAAAGAACCAUGAUAGGAAAGAGAAAUCACAUGAGGGUCCAAAGUUUUAAUUAAUAAUGUAUAACUCAUAUAGCCUCCUCACUUUGUCAACAUAAAGCCGUCAACAUGUCAUGAGACGUAGAUUGAUCAUGAUCUUUGAUCGUGUUGUUUCGAUGUACCAUAGCCGAGCCUUUCUGGAUGCACAUAACAGUGAAUGAAGCAGCUCUAUUACUACGAGACCGAGCCCUUUCUUGCUUUCCUCGUUGGCUAGCUUGAUAGCUUGCAGGUGCUGUGGAUGUCUGCCUGUCUAUGUCACUUUGAUGGGACGCUUGUUGCUGUGCAGACCACAAAGAACACUGGCCAGGCCGAACAUUAAGAACCUGUAUAAAUGUGUGGCCCGGAUUUAAAAUUUUCAGGGCCUUGAUUUUUUUAGCAUAGGCUGAUUCACCACAGGACUAUAAAUUAAGCUUCCUCCAAAAACUGUAGAAAAAGAAAACUUUCUAUCACUUAGCACCAAGAAAAGUUGUCAAUCCUGAGCAGAUUUCUCUGUUAUGUUUGGAAAAUCCACUUAAUUACUGAUAAAAACAGUUUCAGAUUAUUUCCUGGUACUCAAAUGAUCUUUGAAUCUACCAACUUCUUAUUUUUUUGCAAUAAAAGAAAUGCUGUUCAAACAGAUUUUGAAUCAAUGCAGCAAUGGUUUUACAAUUUAAAUUUAAAUAUUUAGAAAAAAGUUUCUUUUUCAAAUUUGCUGUUGCAGUUAGGCUGUGCUGAGGUGAAUGGUCUGUCCUGUCUUUGUUUCUGUGUUACAAUGUGCUGCUCUUCGUUUUUGUACUAAAGGGUCUCAGAUCAAAGCCUGUACAUACAGAACACGUCAAACACGACUUUAUUAACAAUAACCCAGUCGAGCAAAGACAGCCGGCAAGAGAUUCCAGAGACAGUUUUCAGUAUUGCAGCUUUUGCAAGCAUGCCCUUUGAGCACUAAACGUCAAAGGCCUUUUUUUACAUCGGUGGAAUGUACUGAUAGACAAUGUCCACCACAUAGGUUGUGAUAAAGGCGGAUUGUGUGUGUUGUGACAUAGUUUCAAGAGUAAGAGUGUGCAGGGGUAUCAAAUAUCGACAUUGUGCUGUGUGGAAGUCGGAAGCAUGCUUUUUAACCAUGCCUAUGAAAUGCGUCUCAUCUUUGGUCCUAUUUAAAUGUGCUUGUAUUUAUUUUUUAUAAGUGAAUAGAUCGACCUUUGCAAGAAAAGAAGAAAAUUCAGUGCUGCCCUUUUUGAGUCAAGCUCCCCCGUCAGUUCUGCUAAGAGUUUAUUUAAAUCAUUCAUGAUUUCCUGUUUGCUUUCACCACGUAUCCUCAUAUGUUCCACCGGUUUUAUCUAUAGCAAAUCAAGAAAAGCACAUCAGACUCCAAACAGACCAACAACGAAACAACGUGGAGGAUAAGACAGAAUAAUUCAGACGACUGAACAUCUGCUAAAAUCAACUACAAAUGAGAAAAAAACUGUGACGUGUGGGGUCACGUGGACCCGCGCAGUCUGUAGAUUACACUGUGGUGCAUGCAGCCAUCUCCAUUCAUCCUUUUCUUUGCAUAACUUUAAGUUCCAAGUAACAGGGGCCAAAACAAAAAGGGAAAACGUGAUCGAUCAAGGAAUCUUUUUUUUAAAAAGUUCUUUGUGUCAAACUGUAGUGAUGCUGUGGACUCUUUAAAGUUUGGAGUACAGAUGAAAUGCCUUUUCUUGGACUUGCUUUCUCUCAGUCACCAAGUGGAACACAGUGUAAGAUAAAAUGAGAAAAAAAAUUAAAUUAAUCCUCAUCCGAAU